AUGUUUCUAGUAUCCUCUGCUAUUCCAAUGGACGUUACAAAGUCAGAGACUUUAAUUAGCACAAGAGACUCUUUCUUACCUCUCAAGAAACGGAUGAGACUUAACGAACCACCCACCAACAAUGCACUUGUCUCCACUCCUAUAAAGCAGGUUUCUUUUUCGAACAACACAAAAUACAAAGGAGUUGUUCAUCAUCUGAAUGGUCACUGGGGUGCUCAGAUAUACGUUGACCACAAACGUAUCUGGCUCGGGACUUUCAAAUCAGCUGUUGAAGCAGCCAUGGCGUACGAUAGUGCAUCCAUCAAGCUCCGAAGCUUUGAUGCUAACUCACACAGGAACUUCCCUUUGUCUGAAAUCACGGUCCAAGAACCGGUGUUUCAAAAAGGCUACACGACAGAAGCUGUGUUGAACAUGAUCAAAGACGGUUCUUACCAACGCGAGUUCAGAGAGUUUCUCAAAAACCGUUCUCAGGUUGUCGUGGGAUCAAAACAGAACCGAAAAGAUGAAGAAUCGAAGAAGCGCUUCUCAUGCACGCAGCUCUUUCAGAAGGAACUGACAGCGAGCGAUGUUGGGAAACUAAACAGGCUUGUGAUACCCAAGAAGUAUGCAGUAAAGUAUUUACCUUUUGUAAGCGAUGGUCAAAGCGAAAGAGAAGAAGGAGAAAUAGUAGAAGAUGUUGAAGUUUUGUUUUAUGACAGAGAGAUGAGACAAUGGAAAUUAAGGUAUUGUUACUGGAGAAGUAGCCAGAGCUUUGUCUUCACCAGAGGAUGGAUUGGUUUCGUCAAGGACAAGAGCCUCAAGGAGAAAGAUGUUAUCACUUUUUACACUUGUCAUGUUCCGACAUUAGAUGGUCAGAGCAAAAACUUCUUGAUGGUCGAUGUUCAUCGCUUUUCAGACAACGACUCUGUGGUCACUGAUGAGGAAGUAAACAAGACAGUUCAUAACAAUUCUGAAUAUGUAAUGAAACCAGAAAACUUUAACUCGAAGUUAGGAGAAGAAGAAACCAAACCAGAGGAGAACAACAGAGGGGUUAUGUUGUUUGGUGUAAGGAUCCAAUAG